AUGAGCUUAAAAGUUGAGACUACUCUCCAGUCUCUGACACUGGAAGAGAAGAUCACUCUCCUUGCUGGCAAGGACUUUUGGGAAACAGUUUCAAUACCAGAAAAAGGCGUUCCUGCUAUUAAGACCAGCGAUGGACCGAACGGCGCACGCGGUGGAGUCUUUACUGGAGGAACACGAGCAGCCUGUUUCCCUGCUGCAGUAUGCACGGCCGCAACGUGGGAUCCUGCAAACGGAAAGCGGAUAGGCCAUGCCUUGGCAGAGGAAACCAAGACCAAGAGCGCGAGAGUGCUACUCGCACCCACCAUGUGCAACCACAGGCAUCCACUCGGUGGUAGAAACUUUGAAUCAUUCUCCGAGGAUCCGUAUCUAGCCGGAAAGAUGGCUGCCAAUGUUGUGAAUGGACUCCAGGAGAAAGGCAUUGCAGCAACGAUCAAGCACUUUGCGGCAAACGAGCAAGAGACGGAUCGCCUGCGUGUCAAUGAGAUUGUCUCGGAACGUGCGCUGAGAGAAAUCUACAUGAAGCCUUUUGAGAUCACUGUCAAAGAAGCCAAUCCUCUUGCCGUUAUGACCGCGUAUAACAAGGUCAAUGGUACACAUGCGGACUCAAACGAGUUCUUAUUAAAGCAAGUUCUGCGUGGCGAAUGGGGCUGGAAUGGCCUUGUUAUGAGCGAUUGGGGCGGCACAAACUCUACUGCCGACUCACUGAAUGCUGGACUUGACCUCGAAAUGCCUGGACCAACAAGAUGGCGUAGCGUCGAAGCAGUGACCGAGGCGGUUAAGAAGGGCGAAGUUACAGAAGCUACCAUCACCGAGCGAGCGAGGAACGUUUUGAAUCUGAUUGAGAAGGUAGGAGCAUUUGAAAACCCAGAGAUACCACCAGAACGGUCUGUAAUCGACCCGAAGCAUUGCAAACUCAUCCGCGAUGUUGCCGGACAGGGAAUCACGCUGUUGAAGAAUAAUGGUGUUUUGCCGCUCAGAAAAGAGAAAGUCAAAGGCAAGAAGAUUGGGCUUUUUGGUCUGGCCAAGGAAGCUCUUAUCCAUGGCGGUGGCAGUGCGUCUUUGAAUGCUCAUUACCGCAUCACGCCAGAGGAAGGCCUCAAAUCUGCAUAUGGCGACGACGUAGAAUUCAAGUUCGCCAAGGGCGCAGCAACGUACCGACUCCUCCCUCCUCUAUCAAAAGGCUGUAGAGACAUGGAUGGACAUGAUGGAUGGACGAUGACGCUUUUCGGCAAAGACAACAGAAGUAGGCCGAUCAAAAGCGCUCACCGUGUCAAAGAGGCUGCGUUCUCUCCUCUUCUGGAACAUCAGGCCAAACACAGUGAGGUCGUAUUUGGCGCAACUUUUUACCCUGCCGAGACUGGCUGGCAUUAUCUUGGAUGCUCAGGUAUCGGCCCAACGACUGUAUACAUCAGCGAGAAACUCGUUUUCGAGCAAAAACACAACUCGCCCGACGCAAUGGGCUUCCUCUUCGGCGGCAACCCCGAGAAAGAGUUCCGCCACUAUUUUGUAAAAGACCAAUGCUACAAGAUCGAAAUCAUUUCCAAACCGCCAAGCGGCAGCAACGACGACGCCGGCAUCCUCGACGGUCUCCCGGGUUUCAGACUCGGCUUCAUGUACGAGAAAGAGCACGACAAGGACCUCGCCGCCGAAGCCCAAGCCGUCGCCAAAGACUGCGACUACGCCCUCGUCUUCACGGGCCACACGCCCGUCUGGGAAACCGAAGGCCAAGACCAAGCCAGCUUCCACCUGCCACGGGAAGGCACACAAGACAAGCUCAUCGCCGCCGUAGCCUCCGUCAACCCGCAAACCAUAGUCGUAAACUCGACCGGCGUAGCCGUCGCCUUGCCCUGGCUCGACAACGUCGCCGCCCUCAUCCAAGCCUGGUUCCCCGGCCAAGAAGCCGGAAACGCAAUCGCAGAUAUCAUAUCAGGUGCCGUGAAUCCCUCGGGUCACCUCCCCAUCUCCUGGCCUAAACGCAUCGAAGAUGCACCUGCUCAUGGCAAUUUCCCCGGCGAGAGGGAUGAGAGUGGUCAGCUUACUGUCGAGUACGCCGAAGGCGUCUUCGUGGGGUAUCGACACUACGAUCGUCUUGAUAAGGGGACUGUGCAUUUUCCGUUUGGAUUCGGGUUGUCGUAUACGACGUUUGCCAUCUCAAACACUGCCGUUGCAGAGCCUUCUUCUGGUACUUUUAAUGCGUCGACUACGGUUACGAAUACGGGAAGUGUGGCUGGAGCUGUGGUUGUGCAAGUGUAUGUUGGCAAGAAGGAAAGGUCAGAUGAACAUCCUGUCAAGACGCUUGCGGCGUUCCACAAGGUGCAUUUGCUGCCUGGCGAAGAGACGGUGGUUUCGCUGUCAUUUGCGAAUAGGGAUUUUGCAUACUUUGAUGAGAGAGCCACGGAGUGGGUGGUGGAGAAGGGGUUGUAUGAGGUUUCCUUUGCGCAGAGUGCGGGGCAUGUGGAUGAGGUUGUUGAGGUUGAGGUUGAAGGAGUGAGGGGGUUGAAGAUUUAA